UAGCAACAGACUCCAAGCAUGGCUCCCAUCAAAUCCAUCGAGUACUUCCGCGUCAAGCCGCGCUGGCUUUUCGUCAAAAUUACUGACGAUCAGGACAAGUUCGGAUGGGGUGAGGCCACUCUAGAAGGCCACACACAGGCUGUGGAGGGCGCAUUGGAUGGGAUGAUCGCUAGACUUAUUGGAUACGAAGCAGAUGACAUCGAGCACAUCUGGCAGACUAUUUGGCGUCUUGGGUUCUACCGCGGUGGCCCCGUCUUCAUGUCCGCCCUAUCCGGCAUCGACAUCGCAUUAUGGGAUCUGAAGGGCCGCAGACUCGGGGUUCCCGUCUACCAGCUUCUGGGAGGCAAAGUGCGCAACAAGAUCCAAGUCUACGCUUGGAUUGGAGGCGAUCGACCAAGCGACGUUGAAGUAGCCGCUAAAGCCCGCCUCGCGCAAGGCCUCAAAUGCGUCAAAAUGAACGCCACCGAAGACAUGAACUGGCUUGACUCGCCCUCCGUGCUAGACUCCUGCGUCGAACGCAUCAAACAGGUCAAGGCUCUUGGACUUGAUGCUGGACUCGACUUUCACGGUCGUCUACAUCGCCCUAUGGCCAAGCAGCUCGCCAAAGCGCUCGAGCCCUACCGUCCGUUAUUCGUCGAGGAGCCGUUACUCGUUGAGCAUCCGGAAGCGAUUAAGCAGUUAUCCCAGCACACGACUAUCCCGAUCGCCUUUGGUGAACGUCUAUACACGCGAUGGGAUGCCAAGCGAUUCCUUGAAGACGCGUCGGUCGAUAUCCUCCAGCCGGAUAUUGCGCACGCGGGGGGCAUCUCUGAAACGAAGCGGAUCGCGACUAUGGCGGAGACGUAUGAUGUGGCGAUUGCGCCUCACUGUCCUUUAGGUCCAAUCGCUCUGGCAGCUUCGAUGCAAGUAGCGCUUGCGAUUCCGAACUUUGUCAUUCAGGAGAUGUCGUUGGGGAUGCAUUAUAAUGUGGAAGCGGGGGAUAUUGAUCUCACAACGUACUUGACAAACCCUUCGGUAUUUGAUAUCCAGGAGGGAUAUGUACAAGCGCCAGCAGGGCCGGGACUGGGAGUAGAAAUUGAUGAGGAGAUGGUGAGGAGAAUCAGCCAGGAGACGGAGCCAUGGUUGCCAAAGGAAUUCUACGGACCGGAUGGUGGGAUUCGCGAAUGGUAGUCUAGUCUAGACCUGUAGAGACAUGCAGGAGAGAAAUGCGGAGUUGAUCUACACAGUGACACCAGAAAUGCGGGGACGUGGGGGGGCAUUCAUAGUUUCGCC